AUGUCAUCCUCCAAUCCAUCAAUUACUAUUAUUGGAUCAUUAAAUUAUGAUUUAGUCACAUAUACAAAUAAAGUUCCCCAAGGUGGAGAAACUUAUCAAGCAAAUUCAUUUGAAACUCAUGUUGGAGGUAAAGGAUUAAAUGAAUCUAUUGCCGUUGCCAAAUUAACUCCUAAAAAUUCCGUAUUAUUGAGCAGUACUACUACUACUACUACUACCAGUGGUGAUGGUGAUGGUGCUAUUCGUAUGGUGGGUAAAAUUGGUGAUGAUUCAUUUGGUCAACAAUUGAAACAAUUUUUAAUUGAUAAUAAAGUUAAUGUUGAUCAUGUUCACACGGUGAAUAAUCAAACUUCAGGAGUUGCGGUGAUUUUAGUAGAAGAAGAAACUGGUGAAAAUCGAAUUUUAAUCACUCUGGGAGCAAAUGGUGAAUUAAAAUUAGAUGAUAAAGAAUAUGAAUCGAUUUUCCCCAAAACUACUGGAAGCAUCACCACCACCAAAGAAGGGGAGGGGGGGUAUCUCUCAUUUGUGAUUUUACAAAAUGAAUAUCCUGAUACGGUUAAAUCGAUUAAUUGGAUAAAAUCCAAUCGUCCACAAUUAAAUAUUGCCUAUAAUCCAUCACCAUUUAAAUCAGAAUUAAUUACUAAAGAAUUAUUAUCAAAAAUAGAUUUAUUAAUAGUUAAUGAAGGUGAAGCAUUAGAUGUUGCUAAUCAUUUAUUAAAAAAUUCUCAUCAACAAGAUUUAAUUGAUAAAAUUAAUCAAAUCAACAAAAGUAAUGUCACAAACUCUACUGGCGAUAAUCAUACAGUGUUGGUUGAAGUGUUUCUGAAAUUAGCCAUUGAAUUACAAAAAUUAAUUAAUCCUGAUAAUAUACAAAUUAUUGUUAUAACCAUGGGUAGUAAAGGAUCUAUUUAUAUUGCCAAAAAUAGUGGUGGUGGUGGUGGUGGUGGUGGUAGUCAAACCACUCCACAAUUCAUUAAAUCUAGAAAAGUUGAAAAAGUCAUUGAUACAACUGGAGCAGGUGAUACAUUUUUCGGAGCAAUUGUACUGAAUUUAGCAUUAGGUAAACUGAUUGAUUAUGCCAUUAAAUUUGCAACUACUGCGAGUAGUUUAACAAUUCAAAAGAAAGGUGCCGCUGAAGGAAUUCCAAGUUAUGAAGAAGUAAUGGAAAUUUUGUAG